AUUAAAAAUAGGAGGUAGCAAGGUCAAUUUUCUGAGAUUUGAAACUAUAUGUCUCGAAUUACAGGUUGAAGAUCAGAAAUCGAAGGUUGCAAGUCAGAUUUGGGAUCGAAAGUCUGAGGUUUAGGGUACGAUCGGAAGCAUCAAGAUGCAGAAAAAAAAGCGGAGGAGGCAUCAGGUACGAAGAUUAUUCUCUUCUUCUCCAUUUGUUUUUUUGGAAUGACGACCUCUCCUCUUAGGAGUAAGUCCUGAGUCCCCAAUACUUGAUCUGCAAGCUGUGACAUGAGUUUUUAGUGAAGAUAAUGAGUAGCAGACUUCAAAACCCAUUUGUUGGGGCAGCUUUCCAAUCUUCCUUAAAGCCAAGAAACGUGAACUGUUUGGGUUAUCUUGGAAACAAAUUUCCCAGAAAACCUCGGUAUGAUAUCAUUCCACGUGCCAAGAAAAACGACUGGAUAUCUCACGGGAUUAGGUUCUCACAAUCAUUCGGGAAAAUGUUGAGAUUUUAUGGAAGAAUAUGGGAUUAAGAAGUGGGUUUGUGGUGAAGUCCGUGAAAGAGCCUUUCACUAGAAGCAAAGCUAUAGUUAGGUCAUUAUCCACAGUCUGGGAGGAAGGUUUGCUUCUAUUCCAGUGUUCUGUUUUCUAUGCUGUGAUAUCUGGUGUGUGCUUGUUGUUAUGGUACAGUCAACUUAAAGCAAAUACAUUAAUAGAAUCAAAGCUUUUUCCUUCAGUUUGCACAACAUUAAGCGAUUAUAUCCAAUGCGACCUUCAUUUUUGUAAAGCUCAAAGUGUUUCUCCUUUGAGCAUUACAUUGGAGUCAUGCUGGAUUGGGCCUCACAAGGAAGAGUUCUCUUGUGGUGAGGUCCCGACUCUAAAAUUACGUUUUCACCCCUUUUCAAGUUUGAGAACGGGAACGAUUGUAAUUGAUGCAGUUGUGUAUAAUCGCACAUUGUUGGCUGCUCAAAAGAGAAAAUAUUUGUGGUUAGGGAUACCCUUUACAGAUGGCGUUCUUCAGAAGCAUUUGUCAACUGAAGAAGGUAUUGAUAAUCGUACAAAAAUCAGAAGAAAUGCUCGAGAGAAAACUGCAGCCCAGAGGUCCCACUCUCAAACUUGAUCUUUCUUUUGAGCUAUUAAUGCCCUUAAACUG